AUGGACGCGCUGGUGGCUGCCAAGAUGGAGGAGACGCAGCGCGCGUACGCCGUCGUGGCACAGCAGCUGCGUGACGCCAGCCAAGUGGCGGAGCUGUUCGUGAUGGAGGACACUCAGCUGGAGCUGCUGGCAGUGGAGACGCGCACGCAGUUGGCGAGGGUGCAGGAAGAGGUGAGGCGCGAGAUGCAGCGCGCGCUGCAGGAGGUGGACGCGCGUCGCCGCGCGGCGGUGGGGAACGUGACGGCGUGGCGGGAGACGGUGGAGGCGCUCAGGGCGGCCACGCGCGCGAAGCGGCAGGCGCUGAAGGAGAAGCAGCUGGAGAAGGAGAUUGAAGAGGAGAAGGAGGUGGAGAAGAAGGCGCAGCGAGAGCUGGUGCUGCUGCAGGAGCUCGAGAGACAGAGAGAAGAGGAGAAGCAGUUGGAGAUGAAGCUGAAGCAGGAGGUGGAGAAGGUGAAGGAGAUGGAGAGAUUGCGGGAGGAGGAGAAGAAGAGACAGGAAAUGCAGCAGCGAUGGCUACAGGAAGAGCAGCAGAAAAUGAAGCUGGAGAAGCAGAAGAAUCGCUCCAAGUCACCGGAGACUGGCGACGCUGGUGACGGCACUGCGGGGUCUGCAGGAAAAGGUGAGAUCCAUGGCGCUGUCAAGAGGCUGCUCGACGUUUACGUCUCAUGGGAGCGAGUGGUGCUCGAUGCAGGUGCAGCGAUCUAUCGCCAGUUGGUGCUGCCGGUCGUGGCGAUCUUGGGGUUCUUCGUCGUGCUGACGGUUGUCAUCGCGCGGUAUCACGCCAUGAAGCAGGCGCGGCGCAACCGGCGAGUGUUGUACUCUGGAUACCCCAAGACGUAUCGUUCCAAGACAAAGCAGGAAGCAAAGGGCGUGCCAAGUGAAAGCGGCGAUCUACGCCCUCGAUAUCGCCCUGCAGCUCCCCGCCGAGACCCAAACGAUUUUAUUGGAAACUAA